UUUUAUUAUGUUGUUGUCACCGAAUUUGUAGUGAUUUGUAUUUAUUUUGUUUCUCUUGUCGUCAUCAAUCUAAUUGUGAAUAUAAAAGAAGAAAAUAGUUCACUCAACGCCAUUAGAAGGCCUUUUAAGUCUUCGAAAAUCUUAAAUUUCCAAUGGCCUCACCAAGAAAUCAUCGUUUCUCUCCAACAACAUUAUCAUCUCAUUUACCAUUUUCAUCUUCUCCCAAAAACUCUGAUGCUCCAUCAGUUAAAUGUGGUCAAAUAUUUUCACUUAACAUUAGUAGUUAUGAAUUUGAUAGAGGCUGGGAAGGUAUUCCUGCUAAUUUAAUAAUUAAUUCGAUUAUUUUUGCGUCUAUGAUAGUAUUAUUUUCUGCUAUCCGUAACAAUGCAUGGAAUCGUAAAUCUAGUCAAUUGACAAGAACCCACAAAGGUUGGAUUCAAUUUAUUUAUGGUGAUAGAGAGAAUCGUCGUGAACCAAGGAGAGCAGCAAUUUACACUGAUCACCAUGAUCAUGAUCAUCAAAAAUUUAGCCAUCUUCUAUUACCACCCACAGCAGCUGAUAUGUCAAUUAGACAGGAAAUGAAUAAUAUUGAGACAAGUGUAGAUAUUCAAUGUGAUGGUGAAUUAGAAAAUGAAACUCAUCUAUCAGUUCAAACUCGCCGUAGUAUCCCUGGUUCAUCAUCUAAUUCAAUUAAAACUGACACUAGCGGAAGUAAUGGUAAUAGUAAUGGAAACUAUCGACCAACUAGUGAACAAGUUAACUGCGAUAUCGGAAUGAGCGGUGGAGAUAAUACCAAUCAUGAAACAACCACAAGAAGAACCAGAUCAAUUUUUGAUCGGUCUAUGUCAACCACCGAGAUUGGUUACUGGUUAUGUGAUAUUUUGUGUAUUAAGGAUCGAGAUAUAUUAGCAAAGAAAGGGAGUGAUGCUGUCCAAUACCUGAUCUUUCAACGUUAUAUCAUUUACUUUCUAACACUGUUGACUUUCAUCUGUAUGUUUAUCAUAUUGCCCAUCAAUCUUCAAGGGAACACAGAGCCUUGGAAUAAACCCUUUGGCCGAACAACCGUUUCCAAUAUUGGCGGAGAUGAGAAUCUCUUAUGGGCUCAUGUAAUUAUCUCAAUACUCUUAUUACCUGUUGGAAUUGCGUUUAUGUGUCACUUUUCAAAGCGUAUAAAAGCGGACGAGUUGCGAAUUGUAAAGAGGACACUUUAUAUUCGUCGAAUACCUAAAUCAAAACGAUCCAAGGAUGGAUUGGCAGCUCAUCUUAAUCAAUUGUUUCCCGAUGUUAUCAUUGAGGGAAUUCAAUUUGUUUAUAAUACUCGAAUACUGAAAACCCUUCAUCUUGAAUAUAAUAAUGUUGCCAAUGCUAAAUACUAUUGUGAAGAGUAUCUUAAUGAGUAUCACAAAAGGUGUGAUGUUUAUCCCUAUUUUCUUGGUCACUUAGGACCAUAUAGCUGUUGUGGCUGUGAUAAAGUCGAUGGUAUCUCUUAUUAUGAAGGUCGAGAGCAAGAAUUGGAAAGAGAAAUUGAAAAGGAGUUUCGAACAUGCAUCUCAGAUCCAUCAGGUUCAGCAUUUAUCACUUUCCAGAAUGAAAAAAUGGCUCAAAAAGUUUAUCGAGCCUUACGAAAAAAUCAAGAGGAAUCAUGUACACUUUUCCCAUGUAAUUGCUGCUUUCGACUUGGAACUGCAAUCAGGAAAUUAUUUCACCAAGGUUCUGAUGAAUUUGAAACAACUCGAUGGCUGGUCAGUUAUGCACCUUAUCCAGAUGAUAUCAAUUGGGAUGAUAUCGCUGUUGAUUAUAAGCUAAUCUGGAUGCGUCGGAUUAUUGUUCAUCUUUGUUUAUUUGUUUUAUUUUUCUUCCUAUCAACACCAUUAAUCGUUUUAUCUUAUCUGUCAGUUCUUAAAAUCCAGGAAACCCUUGAAACUGGUCUAACUGCAGUGACUCCAUUUGCUGCUGAAUAUCUUGCACCUCUUUUAAUGGUUAUCGCUGCUAUCAUAUUACCUUCAUUUGUUAUAUUAGCCUCCCAAUAUUUGCCUUACAAGACAAUGUCAGAUUUAAAUCACUCAAUCAUGUGGAAAGUUUAUUUAUUUUUAAUUAUGAUGGUCAUUAUUUUACCUUCUUUAGGUUUAACUAGUGCUUCUGCUUUACUUGAAUCAUUGGCAACCAAAAAUUUUAAAAAAUUCAACUGGGAAUGUUUAUUUCCAGUGGAUAAUGGAGCCUUCUUUGUAAAUUAUGUUCUACAAUCAACUUUACUAGGAAAUGCUAUGGAGUUAUUACGUUUUCCUGAAUUAUUUCUUUACUUCUUUUAUUAUACUUUCUCCUCGAAAACACCGGCCGAAUAUGAGAAUGCUCGACAACAAGUUAUCUUCGAUUUUCAAUUCGGUAUUCGUUAUCCUCGAUUCCUUCUCAUCUUUUGUAUGGUUGUAACCUACAGUCUUUCUUGUCCAUUGAUUGCUCCAUGUGGUUUACUCUACAUGGUGGUUAAACACAUUGUCGAUCGAUACAAUAUUUACUACGUUUAUACGCCAAGUAAAAUCAAUGGACGAAUUCAUUCAACGGCUAUAACCUUUUUCCACAUCGCGAUACUCAUGAUGAUUUUUCAAAUAUUCACCUUUUGCUUUCUUCGAACUGGACAAAGUAGUUUAACGAAAGUUUGUCUAGUGUUGGUCAUCAUUGCAACAAUCAUUUUCUCCGGUCAUUGUUUUUUCCAUUGUUUCUGGAAUAUCAAUCAUUUAACUUACAAUUCUACUACUCGACGUGCAUCAAAACGAACCAAUUUAAAGGAGUUCUGUGCAUGUUCGUAUUUACCUCCUGUGCUUUUUGAUCUUAAUGUUAACGGUAUCGUCCCUCCAGAAUCUCAGACAACUCGUAAUUAUGGAUCUCUAACACCGACACCGACGAGUGUACCUAUGACCUCAAGUGAAUCGAGCACGCGUUUGAAUAUCUCUUCAUUAACAACAUGAUAUUGAGAGAUAAUUGUUAGCACUUAAUUAGAAUUUAAAUGAAGAACCAAACAGCUGAUCUUAAGAAUGGUGCUGUUCUCAUACAAAGCACAUCAAUUUAUCGGGAAGGAGAAAAGAUCAGAUUUUAAUAACAGUGAUAAUUGAAUCAAAUCAAUUACUUAAUCAUGAUUGAAAUUAACACCAACAUCUAUUCACUACUAAAACAACAACGAUGAAUUAGCAAGAGAAAAUGGAACAAUUUCUCAGAAUUUUUUUCAAAUUCUUCAUCGAAUCUUCAUGGAACCAUUUUUCUCUCUUCCUAUUUAAUCUCUCUCUCUCUCUCUCUCUCUCUCUCUCUCUCUCUCUCUCUCUUCUCCUUUCUUUCUCUCAUCUAAUAUCACUCACUCAUUUCUCUCUCAAAAAAUCUCUCCCUUUCCCUCUCUUUCUAAAUAUUGAUUUCUCAUUGAUGAGAAAUCUUUUCAGAAACUCAACCUUUUUUAAUCCAAACCUUAAAUUAAUUAACAAAACUAAAACUGUUAUUUAGAUUUUUAGAUGAAACAGAUUAAGAUACUAGUCAACAACAACAACAAAUCAACUUAAACAAUUAACGAUGAUGAUUAAGUCUUUUUUUCUGUAUAUCACAAAUCAAACAAUCAAAAGUUGAAUGGACAACAAGAGAGAUUGAAAGUAAAUAAGGAAGCAGAACUGCUGAUGAUUAGAAUCAUAAUCAAACUAUUUUAAUCACAGGGAAAAGGAUACAAAUUGAUUACGAUGAUAUUAUGAAAAAAAAACUUAAUCAUGGAGCUAAUCAAUUCGAAUGACAUUAACUAUUUCAUCGAGAUUCCCUUUUUUUUGAGUUAAUUAACCUUAACAUCAAUAUACAAAUCGAAAAACCUUUCAACUAAAUCAAAUCGUAAUCAAUUUUACAAUUACGAGAGGAAAACAAGAAGCGAAAACCUAAUUAAUUAACUUUUUAGAUGCAUAAUACACUCACAAUUAUUUAAAUACAUAAAUUAAUUAUUUUGGUUAACAAGUUGUAUCAUCAAGAAACACAAACUCGGAUUUCAAACAGUUAAAACAUUGUAAUCAAUUGUAUCUCUUGCCUUUUUUUUGAUUGUAAUUAUAACUGGAAAAUAGUUAAUUGUAAUAAUAAUGAGAAUUGCGAUUGUAUCAAAUGAAAUUAUCCUAAUCUAAAUUGUUCUGUUUUGUAUUAAUUGUAAAUCACCAACAACAACACCAAGAAAUGAAAUGAAGCGAAUUGUCAAGUUUUCAUUGAUAAACUAAAUCAAAUUGGAUAAUUAAAGAAGAGCAAUCAAUCAA